AUACCAAAAGCCGAAGCUAUCGCAAUAGAGUAUCCUGGUUUUGUUCAAGAUACUAACAAGGCGCUGCGUACACUUGGCGGACUCGACAGCAUAGCAAUCGCAGUUGGCACAAAGCACUACCUGAAGCUUAAGCUCCGUCCUGAAGACCGGACGAGUCAUCCUCUUUACGGCGAAAGGCAUGAGCAGACACGCCUUCUGCUGCGUAUUUCGCGGCCGAAG